AUGGCCAGUACAACUCAAAUAAAAGCUCAGGCAACAGGAGUAGAUAAUGAAAUUCGUAUGAUUUUACUUGGUAAAACUGGCGCAGGUAAAAGUUCAGUCGGUAACACUAUUCUUGGAGCAAAACUUUUUGAGGCAAAAUUAAAUCCAAAUGGUGUCACAAAGCAAUGUGGUUCUGCCACUCGAGACUUUGAACAGAAAAGGUUAUUUGUUGUUGAUACACCCGGAUUUCUUGAUCCCACUAUAACAGAGGCAGCAAUUCAGGAAGAAGUUGCAUUAUCACGUUGA